AUGACGUUUCAAAGGAGAAGAAAUUAUUACACCAGAAAAGAAUGUAAGAAAGACAUUAGUUGUAAUCUCACGUUUAUUCAGGAAAAGGAUGUCCAAGCAGGAAGUCGUUGUUUUGUGUGCUCUGAAUGUGGGAAAGGUUUUACCAGUAGAAAUGGCCUCCGUUAUCAUCUGAGAGUUCACAGUGGAGAAAGACCUUAUGAGUGCCGUGAAUGUGGGAAAUCUUUUCCCAGGAGCACUGACCUUCAUCGUCAUCAGAGAGUUCACACGGGAGAAAAGCCUUAUCAGUGCAGGGAAUGUGGGAAAGCUUUUAGCAAUAGUAAUAGCCUAGGUGAUCAUCAAGUUUUGCACACUGGAGAAAGGCCUCAUAAGUGUAGUGAAUGUGGGAAAGCUUUUGCCAGUAGUAAUGGCCUCCAUUAUCAUCAGAGAGUUCAUACUGGAGAAAGGCCUUAUGAGUGCAGUGAAUGUGGGAAAUCUUUUACCAAGAGCACUGCACUUCGUCGUCAUCAGAGAGUUCACACGGGAGAAAAGCCUUAUCAGUGCAGGGAAUGUGGGAAAUCUUUUGCCAGUAGCACUUCCCUUCAUUAUCACCAAAAUGUUCACACUGGAGAAAGGCCUUAUGAGUGUAGUGAAUGUGGGAAAUCUUUUCCCAGUAGCACUGCCCUUCAUUAUCACCAAAAUGUUCACACUGGAGAAAGACGAUAUCAGUGCAGUGAAUGUGGGAAGUCUUUUACCAAUAUCAGUAACCUUCGUUUUCAUCAGAGAGGUCACACUGGAGAAAAGCCUUAUAAAUGCAGUGAAUGUGGGAAAUGUUUUAACAGUAGCACUGUGCUUCAUUCACAUCAGAGAAUUCACACUGGAGAAAAGCCUUAUAAAUGCAGUGAAUGUGGGAAAUCUUUUACAACUAGGAAUGGCCUUCGUUAUCAUCAACAUUUUCACUCGGGAAAAAGGCCUUAUCAGUGCAGUGAAUGUCAGAAAUCAUUUAACACUAGUAGUGAGCAUCGUUGUCAUCAGAGAGUUCACACUAGAGAAAAGCCUUACAAAUGCAAUAAGUGUGGGAUAUCAUUUAUCAGUAGCACUGCCCUUCGUCGUCAUCAGAGAUUUCACACUGGAGAAAAGCCUUAUAAAUGCAGCGAAUGUGGCAAAUCUUUUACAAGAAUUGAUAGCCUUCAUUGUCACCAGAGAUUUCACAGUGGAGAAAGUCCUUAUGAGUGCAAUGAAUGUGGGAAAUCUUUUACCAGGAGCAGUAGCCUCCGUAAUCAUCAAAGUUUACACACUGGAGAAAGGCCUUAUGAGUGCAGUGAAUGUGGAAAGACUUUUACCACUAGCACUGAACUUUUUCGUCAUCAGAGAGGUCACAAUGGAGAAAAGCCUUAUAAAUGCAGUGAAUGUGGGAAAUAUUUUACAAGGAUUGAUAGCCUUCUAAUUCACCAGAGAUUUCACACUGGAGAAAGUCCUUAUGAGUGCAAUGAAUGUGGGAAAUCUUUUACCAGGAACAGUAGCCUCCGUAAUCAUCAAAGUUUUCACACUCGAGAAAGGCCUUAUGAGUGCAGUGAUUGUGGGAAAUCAUUUACCACCCGCACUGACCUUUCUCGUCAUCAGAGAGUUCACACUGGUGAAAGGCCUUAUGAGUGCACUGAAUGUGCAAAAUCUUUUACCACUAACACUCACCUUCAUACUCAUCAGAGAGUUCAUACAGGAGAAAAGCCUUAUAAAUGCAAUGAAUGUGAGAAAUCUUUUACCAGUAGCAGUGACCUUCGUUGUCAUCAGAGAAUUCACACUGGAGAAAAGCCUUAUAAAUGCAGUGAAUGUGGGAAAUCUUUUACCAGUAACACUGUGCUUCAUUGUCAUCAGAGAAUUCACACUGGAGAAAAGCCUUAUAAAUGUGGUGAAUGUGAGAAAUAUUUUACCUGGAGCACUGCCCUUCAUCGUCAUCAAAAAGUUCAUACUGGAGAAAAGCCUUAUCAAUGCAGUGAAUGUGGGAAAUCUUUCAAAAGUAGCAAUGGUCUCCAAUAUCAUCAGAGAGUUCACCUAGGAGAAAGCCAUUAUGAGUAUAAUUAACGUGAGAUAUUUCUCAGCCAAAUUUCUAAAUUUGCUCUGCACAUAUGAGUCCAAAUGUGAGAAAUUUCUUAGAUGUAUAGGAAAUGUAGUUUUUUAGUUAGGAAUUAAACAUAGCAUAAGAAAUUUUGUGAAGGCCCUUUUGUCGGAAUUGUAUCUCAUACAUUUAAUCACCCACAUUAUGUAAACUCCCCAUAAAUGUUUUUCCUGUUGUGUUUGUUUUU